ACUGUCAACGCUUGCCUUCGUCUGCCUCCCUCGAACGAUGGAGCUCUUAGUACUCUUCUUCGCCCUCACCUCAUUCUUCGACAUCUCCUUCUCCCAACGCUACAAUGCCCUGUUCAACUUCGGCGACUCGCUAUCCGACACCGGCAAUGUCGUCAUCUCCAGCCUGCCCUACGGCAUGACCUAUUUCGGCCGCGCCACCGGCCGCGCCUCCGAUGGCCGCCUUGUCAUCGACUUCAUCGCUGAGGGGAUCGGACUGCCGCACCUGCCGCCGAACACCGCCAGGAACGUGAGCUUCCACCAGGGGGUAAACUUCGCCUUCAUCGCGGCGCCGGCGCUUCCGUUUGAGUUCUACCACGAGCGACGCCUCAGCAAGGGCCUCUGGGUGAACGCCUCCGUCCACCAACAGGUGGAUCGGUUCGAGAAGCUGCUUCCUUCCGUCUGCGGCACGCCGCAAGAUUGCAAGGAUUUCUUGAGCAAAUCUCUUGUAGUCUUCGGCGAGUUUGGCGGGAACGACUACAACACCGGGAUCUUCGGCGGCCUGCCGGUAUCGGAAGUGAGAAGCACCUUCGUGCCCCGAAUCACCCAGGCAAUUGCGGAGGGUGUUGAGAGAUUAAUCGGCCUCGGCGCGGUGGAUCUCAUCGUGCCGUCGGUGCUGCCGGUGGGCUGCUUCCCGCUGUACCUCACGCUUUACAGCUCCUCCAAUCCGGAAGAUUACGGCCCCAGGUCAGGGUGCGCGAGGAAGUUCAACGCCUUGUCCUGGUACCACAACGCGCUUCUCCUCCGGCAGCUCAACAGGUUCCGCCACAAGUACCCGGCCGUGUCGAUCCGCUACGCCGACUACUACGCCCAGGUCUUCGACUUCGCUUUGAAUCCUCUCAAAUAUGGAUUCAAAGAUGGAGCCUUGAGAACCUGUUGUGGGGCUGCGGGAAUGGGCAAGUACAACUUCAAUCUGCGCGCCAAGUGCGAUCAGAAUGGGUCGAGCGUGUGUCCAGACCCAACCACGCAUGUGAGUUGGGACGGGAUCCAUAUGACGGAAGCCGCGCACCGCAUCAUCGCCCAGGGUUGGCUGCAUGGCCCCUACGUUAAUCCACCCAUUUUGAGCUUCAUCAACCCUCAUUAAGACUGCCAUUUCGUCGAACAGAUUGGAGAAGAAACGUUCAUCGAUGCUGGAAGAGAGGCACCCCAUGCUUGAAAUUAUAGUCACAAUAGAUGUUUGUGGGAGAUGAUAUAGGAAAAAAGAUGUACUUGCAGCAUGAA